AUGGAAGAUUGCCUACCCAAUUUCAUAUUCGAAUUUCCUACUGAGAUCUUGCAAAGAAUUUUAUUCUUCUCCAUUAUCUCCCGCUUAAAAUACGAUGAGGAUUCUGUACGUGGGACCUCCAGAGCCCUGAACCUCCGACUUGUUUGCACGGGAUUUGAUGCAUUGUUUCAAAGUGCACUCUUCGAGGCAAGGCUUCUGGAUGACAUACGGCCGUAUGGCACUCCUCUUUCAAGGUCAGGCACUCUGGAGUACUGGCCUUCGACCCGCAAGCCAGCCGCUCAAAAACUAUGGCAUUCAUACCUAGUGUAUAGGGUGCUUAACGAAGUCGAUCCCAACGUGAAGCGUUACGUUGAGGUUCGGGGCAUAGCGAAUGCGAUUUGUUCUGAGACUGGAGGGGACCUUCUUCAGACAAUCAAAGAUCUCUGCUGGCUAGGUCUUGCGCAUCAAUUAGGAAACGCUUGGCCGCUUCCACACAGGCGAAUUAUACGAGGACAAGUUGCACUCACACCAGUACCCGCUCCGUCAAAGAACAAUAGUCCUGAUGUGAGCCUGCUUAGCGCGGCUGCAUAUCUUGGUUGUAUAUCUUUGACGAAACGCCUCCUCGAAAGUGGCAACGAUCCAACAGAGCAUGACAUGCUCUUCCCGUGUCCCAUGGAAGCGGCUGCUCUGGCGGGACAAGUUGCUACGCUGCAGCUUUGCCAAGCUAAUGUUCCCUUGAGAGAAGACAAGCAUCUUUUUUAUCACCCGAUGUUAGAGGAAGUCCCUCGCAUCAAGGGCACAUUUAACUUCGCAAUUGCUGGCGCUGCCGCAAGAGGGGACAUGGAAACUCUGGAGAUAGCGCUGCGUCCAGCAUUCCUCGAUAGCACUACAGAGGACGUGCCAGCCCAUAGAGGAGUUUCAUUUGAGAUUUUACGCUUCGCUAAAACAUGGGAAGUUUUCUCAAGGCUUCUCUCUUUCUUACCUCCUGGUUUCCUAGAAGAAAGCAAAUAUGCCGAGCCCAACAGUAGUGAACUUCUACUGCAUUUUGCUGAUCUUGGCAAUUUUGACAUUGCCAAGGGCCUCCUUGAUGCUGGCGCUCAUACCCGGGGCCAUGAGUGGCAAUUGGGUAUGCAUCCGCUCUGGGCUGCUGCCAGGCAGGGAUACGAGGACAUAGUAGACCUCCUGCUGGAAUACGGAGCGGAUGUCAACCAGGCUACCGUCCUUUACUGCAGCACGGUGGGUGCUGCAGUACGUUCAGGCAAUAUAAGCCUUGUGAAGAAGCUGCUGAGCCAAGGAGGAGACUUCCGAGAAGAAGCACCCCGUGGUGCGCUGGUGGUGGAGAAUGUCCCUAUGUUAGAACUUCUUCUGGAUCACUUGGAUGCCCAGGGCCGUAUUUCUCAUCUUCUGGCCGAAGAACUUCUUGAAUUGGCGUCAGAAAGGAACAUGAUUGACAUGUGGAUGUUCGUCGCUAAAUAUAUAACUCUCCGUAUGGAUGUUAAUUGGGGAAGUGAUUCCGAAGUUGAAGAUCUCUGA